AUGGCUCGCUAUACCCGCGCCGUAUUCAUCACCCUCCUCCUCUUCAUCUUGGUCACCUACUCCUCCUUCCGCUUUGGUGAUGUCGAACCAAGGAUCCCUCAUUUCUACACUCAACAGCCAAAGCAAGAUCCGGCUUUAGAAUUUAAGGCUCACACGGGGGGCUUGAAGGAUGUCCAAAAUGCCACACUUGGGUUUCAAAAGAUCUUUGUUGUUAAUCUACCAGAGCGACCCGAUAAGCUCGAUGCAUUCUCCCUCGCUGCCUCCCUUACAGGCUUUCGGACUGAGGUGUUGCCCGGUGUCAAAGGGGAGACGGUUAUGAACAAAACACUUCCAACACUGAACGGGUUACCUGAGAAGAAGAAGGAGAGAAACAAUGUGAUAGGUUGUUGGCGAGCACACAUGAAUUUUGCAAGAAGAGUCCUUAAUGAGAAUCUACGCACCGCCCUCGUGAUGGAAGAUGAUGCAGAUUGGGACAUCAACCUCAAAAAUCAGAUGGUGCUUCUAGCACAAGGUACACAAUAUAUAACAGGCGUUCCAUCAGGAACGCGACCUAUGUCUCCGUAUGGCGAUGACUGGGACCUCCUAUGGAUCGGGCAUUGCUCCUCCACGAUCCAGUCAGGGGAUCAACGACGCUUCAUCAUUGAGAACGACAAUACAGUGGCCAUACCCGAACACCGGGUCAAUUUUCUCGAAAAUGCCAUCAACACAACCAAAGAAGGUCUCGACCCACGCACAAGACUCGUCUAUCAGGCAGGCGAGGGUCUCUGCACCUACUCAUACGCGCUUUCCAACCGUGGCGCUCAGAAGAUGCUCAUGCACCAGUCUCUGAUGAAGAAGUGGGUGCCGAUAGACUUGGGGCUGGGAGUGAUGUGCAAAGAAGAGAAAAAUUUUAAAUGCCUAGGCGUUUUUCCACAGCUAGUAGACAGCCACAAAGGUGCGGGAGAGACCAAUAAGGACAGUGAUAUCCUGGACCCAAGUGCCAAAUCUGAGGUCAGAGAGAAAGGCUACACGUUCAACAUUGUACAUUCAACGCGACUGAAUAUGGAUAAGCUGAUCCGAGGGGAAAAGCCGGUCGAUUCAGAGGACUGGAGUCAGUUCCCCGAUCAACCGCCAGUGGAAGGCCCGGCAAGGACGCGGACCAUGAACAGACAGAAACGAUGA